AUGGUAUUUGGCACUCAGCCGAGCUUCGUGGAGCAUGGUGAGUGUGGGCUUCUACCACGCGGACAUCACGCGCUCGAGCAGCAGCCGCGAGGAUUGAUUGACAGCAUCGUCUUCUCCGAGCCAAUAUCUUGGACCCAGACAUGGAAGCACAUCGCCGUCGUGGUCACGAGCUCCUCGGCCACCUCUCCGAAUGUGUUCUUCUACGCGGAUGGAGAGCUCAUAUCUUCUGCGAAACGGUCUGCCUCCGCCUCGGUGCAGUCGCUGCCCGCGGUGCACUCGGACCAGGACGGCGUCUUCCACGUUGGACCUCCGAACAUGGACGCGAACAUGUUUCCUGAAAUUCUCGAGGAGGACUUCGGGGGCCGCACGGAGCCCUACUUCGCCAUGCCUGCCGGCGAGGCGUUCUUCGACGCGCUGGUGGACGAGGUCCGCGUGAGCAGCAUCGCGCUCGACGGCCUGACGCAGGGGGCGAGGCUCACGCAGCUCCGCCGCCGCACCGUGUGCGGCGUCCCCGCCGAGCGCCUCGAGGGCUCCACCUGCCUGCCGGCCGUGCGCCUCACGCCGCCCUACGCCGUCACCGACCAGUCGGCAUGCCAGGAGGGCUACGAGGAGUGCGGCGCGCGGCCCGGCAUGUGCGUCCCGACCUGUGGCGCGAGCAUGCUGCGGCAGCCGGGCUGCAGCUGCGACUGCCGGCCGGGGUACUUCCAGGCCUGGCUUGCGAAGGCCUUGCGCCUGUCGGGUUCCGGCAGGACCCCUGUUGGCGCUGUUACCAUCUACGACGUCCAGCACAACGUGGUUGGCAGCGCUCCCGAUGGAGGCACUCUGCCCCUCCGCUUCGCCUUCCAGUCGGCCGCGCGGGUGGCCCUGCUGACGGUGGUGGGCGCCGGCUCUGCCGCCGCGGUCAGCCUGGAGGUUGAGACGGCCGCGGGCAUGACGGUGCCAGUCCCGGAGUGGACCAGCGUGCCCCUGCCUUCUGGCCAGGAUUUGGUCAUGCACCACCGGCGGCUCCACGAGCUCUUCGACCCCGCGCUGACCUGCGCGAUCUGCCCCACCGGCUCGGGUCAGGAGGUGUUCGCCUCGCAGCUGCCGCGCGUCGACCUCAUGGCCUGCCUGUGCGGCGAGCACUUUGGGCGCGACCUGCUGGGGCGCUGCGUGCCGCUGGAGGCCGCGCUGCAGGCGCCGCAGAUCUCCCCGAGCGAGGGGUUCCACUCCCCGGGCACGCUGGUGCACCUGGCGCACUCGGUCCAGGACGGCGAGGUGCAGACCCCCUGGCUGCUGGAGGUGCGCUACGAGCUAGGCGCCGCGGGCGAGGCCGCCCGGGAGCCCUCCUGCGUGUCCUCGCCCGUCUUCGGCGGCGGCCUCGACGUCGUGCGGCGGGAGGAGACCACCGAGAUCCGUGCGGUGCUGUGCCACCCGCUCCACUACGCCUCGGCGGUGGCGGUCGCCACGCUGACGGGGAGAACGACCACAUGGCCCCGCCAGAGUGCCUGA